UCUGGCCAGCUUUGCAUGCACUUUGCCCAUCUGGGCAGGAAGCUGGCAUCUUAUAAUCCCAGCAGGCAGAACCAUUACGAGGAUUGUGAAUUUUUAGCCAGAUUGAUACGGAAACAUGAACAACUAUUGAGUCUGUACAAGGAACUGAACAAAAUAUUUGGUCUGAUGUUGGCUUACAAUGUGUUUAGCACAGCGACCAUACUUUGUUGCGUUGCCUACUACAUAAUCUUGCAGGGCCUCACAAGGGAGGGAUUCGGAUUUUUAUUGUAUUUCUUCAGUGACUCUGUGAAUUUCUACAUGGUUUGCUACUAUGGGCAACGUCUGAUUGAUUUGAGUGAAAAUAUUGCUUUAGCUGCCUACAUACACAAUUGGUAUAAUGGUUCGCCCACCUAUCAGAAAUAUGUUCUCAUGAUAAUACAACGAGCUCAAAGGCCGGCAGAGCUUUCGGCCAAAGGAGUCAUUAUCAUUUCGAGGGAGUCUUUCAAAAAUUUGUGCGCAGAGUGCUGGAAAAAUAAAUUUGCGUUGUUCAAAAUAUCACACAAGGAAUUUAUUUCGUGAAUCUUUAAAUAUCACAAAACAUAGCUUAGCUCUGAUCUGAUCAGCUGUAGAGCAGAGCUGUCAAAUUU